AUGUCUACAUUAAACUCAUUAAAUUUAAAUCAACAAAUUGGUCAAGCUGAUAACAAUCAGCAAGAAGAUCAUGACAAUGCUAAUCAAGAGCAAAAUGAAGGAGCUGAUCAAAACAAUAAUAACCAGCUAAAUGAACGAGAUGAUCAAAAUCUUCUUAACCAAAAUCAACAACAGCAAAAUCAUCCGGUUAAUAAUAUCCAACAACAUAAAAAAGUUGGUCACAGUACUAUCAGACACAAACAACAUCAACAUGCUAAUAGCCACCACCACCAACCACAAAAUCAUCAAGUUCAUAACGGUCAGCAACAUCAGAAACAUAGUCAAAAUGCUAUUCAUCAAAAACAACAAGCUGAUCAAAAUAAUAAUACUCAACAAGUUAAUCAAGAUGCUAUCGGUCACCGACAACAACAACAACAACAACAACAAGAUAAUCAAGCUGUCAACAAGGUUCAGAGACAACAACAGCAACAGCAUCGUCAAUCAGGUUGUGCACAGCAACAUCAACAAGUUGGUCAAGGUGCAAAUGCACAACAUCAACACCAAAUGCCAUCCGACGAUUCUCGAAAUAGUAAUUUAAUUACAUUAUUACACGAAGGGUCGCCACACCUACCACCACCACCAUUUGCUUUAACAAUCUGCCGAUUUUGGCAGGUUCCUGUGGGUUCCGAACAGAACCGGAUAAUAAAACGAAAUGAAAAUGAUGAUCCAAAUUAUGAUUUCUUGCGAGGAAAUAAAGCAGCUAGUGAUCUGGAUAAUAAAUUAACACAAUACUCUGGAAAAUAUUAUUAUUAUGAAGAUGAACACUAUAUAUAUAAAUUACGGAUAUUCAGACAAGAAAAAUUACAACGAGAAGAUAUUGUGGUAGAGGAAGUGGAAGAGGAUCAUGAAGCAUCUCAACAACUGACACAACCAUCUGCUUCAUCCAUUUCAACUUCAUUGUUAAUUAUCGAUCUAGUUCUUUUUGUAUAUCCUAUUAUUGUUGCGAUUUGCCCAAUUAUUAAGUCGUAUUUUAAUCAUUAA